UUCACACGGUAGUUCGAUGAUAUUUUCACUCUCUGUUUCGCCGUCUUUUCUGUUGCGAAGAAUGUCGGGAUCCUCUUGGAAUGGAAAGCCGCGCGAUCUCCGACGCUGAGAUUUCCGCUUCGUCCGAGUGGGAUCCGAACCAUGCGGCCAUACAAGGGAGACUGAACUUUCAGGCAGGGCGUGGAAAGCAGGGAGGCUGGUCGGCAAAACAAAAUGAUCAAAAUCAGUGGCUCCAAGCGGAUCUGGGCAGCAACAAAAAUAUCACACAUUUAGCGACGCAGGGGAGGAACGGACAUGAUCAAUGGGUGACCAGUUACAAGGUCGAAUACAGUGACAAUGGCGCGUCCUUCUAUUGUUAUCAAGAACAUGGCACCGACAAGAUUUUUACUGCAAACUCAGACCGAGACACGAUUGUGUACAACGUCGUGAGUCCACCCAUAACAGCUCGCUACAUUAGAAUCGUUCCCAGAGCCUUUUUUGAUCACAUUUCCAUGAGGAUGGAGAUCUACGGUUGCUAAGAUGGCUCAGUUGCACGCGAUGGACAAGGUCAGGUCAGGAGUUGGAUCUUCUUGGUGCUUAUUUAGCAAACAUUCAUAAACCACAAGCUUGUAAUGUCCCUUAUCAAACUGAAGGACAUUGACAGACCCUUGUUUAGCAGAGAUCACCAAAUAGUAGAAUAAAAUUUCCAGCUCUGAACUCAGCACGUUUUGUAUUGUUUGUUUUGGGCACCACGCUUGCAGGGUUGCAUGGUCUUUACUGAAUUUUCAAUUCCAAUGACAGUACGUGUUUGUCAUUAUGAUAAUUAGCAUUUCAGCAUCACUGCAAUGCAUCUUAAUUUGGAACCUCAAAAUUAAAUAAUAUUUGUUUCCAGUUUCAUCCUUGCCCCCCGUUAGCACACUCAAUUCUUGACAAAAGAAUAUAAGAGUUUUUAACAAAUAACUAAUAAUCAUCAUUAGAUGCAUUUUUUCUUCCUUUUCAU